AGCGGCGGAGCCGGGGCAUGGCGGGCCUGGGCUCCCUGGAACCGGGCACCGGCCCCGGCCCCGUCCCGGCCACCCGCGUGGAGAUCACCGUGUCCUGCAGACAGCUCCUAGACCGGGACACCUUCUCCAAGUCGGACCCCUUGUGUGUGCUGUACACGCAGCGCCCGGGCAGCCACCAAUGGCGGGAGUUUGGCCGGACCGAGGUCAUCGACAAUUCCCUGAAUCCCGAUUUCCUGCGGAAGUUCGUGCUGGAUUUCUGCUUCGAGGAGCGGCAGAACCUGCGCUUCGACCUGUACGACGUGGACUCCAAGAGCCCCGACCUCUCCAAGCACGAUUUCCUGGGCCAGGCCUUCUGCACCCUGGGCGAGAUCGUGGGCGCUGCCGGCGGCCGCCUGGAGAGACCCCUCACGAUGGGCACAACCACCCCCCACUCCCGGGGUAGAAAACCUGCUCCUGCCUCUGCCAGCGGUGGAAUUCCCGGGAAGAAAUGCGGGACCAUCAUCCUCGUGGCCGAAGAGUUGGGAAACUGCCGGGACGUGGCCACGCUCCAGUUUUGUGCCAACAAGUUGGACAAGAAGGAUUUCUUUGGAAAAUCUGACCCCUUCCUAGUGUUCUACCGGAGCAACGAGGACGGGACGUUCACGCUGUGCCACCGCACCGAGGUUGUUCGGAGCUCUCUCAACCCCGUGUGGGCGGCGUUUGCCAUCCCCGUGCGGGCCCUGUGCGGGGGGGACCCGGAACGGGCCAUCAAGGUGGAGGUGUACGACUGGGACCGGGACGGCAGCCACGACUUCAUCGGGGAGUUCCGCACGAGCCUGCGGGAGCUGGCGCGGGGCCGGAGCCCCCCCAACAUCUACGAGGUCGUGAACCCCCGCAAGAAGCUGAAGAAGAAAAAAUACCUGAACUCGGGCACGGUGACACUGCUGUCCUUCGCCGUGGAGGCCGAGCCCACCUUCCUCGACUACAUCAGGGGCGGGACGCAGCUGAACUUCACGGUGGCCAUCGACUUCACGGCGUCCAACGGGAACCCCUCUCAGCCCACGUCGCUGCACUACCUGAGCCCGUUCCAGCCCAACGCGUACUCGCUGGCCCUGCGCGCCGUCGGGGACAUCCUGCAGGACUACGACAGCGACAAACUCGUCCCCGCCCUCGGCUUCGGCGCCAAGGUCCCCCCGGACGGGCGCGUGUCCCACGAGUUCCCGCUGAACGGGGACGCUGCCAACCCGGCGUGCCAGGGCAUUUCGGGGGUGCUCGAGGCGUACCAGCGCAGCCUGCGCCGGGUGCAGCUCUACGGCCCCACCAACUUCGCCCCCGUCGUCAACCACGUGGCCCGGGCGGCGGCGGCGGUACUGGAUGGGUCUCAGUACUUCGUGCUCCUCAUCAUCACCGACGGCGUCAUCUCCGACAUGGCCCAGACCAAGGAGGCCAUCGUGAACGCUGCCAAGCUGCCCAUGUCCAUCAUCAUCGUGGGGGUCGGCCAGGCUGAGUUCGACGCCAUGGUGGAGCUGGACGGGGACGACAUCAGGAUCUCGUCCCGCGGGAAGGUGGCCGAGAGGGACAUCGUGCAGUUCGUGCCGUUCCGAGACUUCAUGUCGGGGGGUCCCGGCGCGGGGCUGAGCAUGGCGGGGCUGGCGCGGGAGGUCCUGGCCGAGAUCCCGGACCAGCUCCUGUCCUACAUGAAGGCGCGGGGCAUCAAACCCCCCCCGGCCCCCCCCGACCCUCCCCAGGACCCCCCCGAGAACCCCCCACCCUGAUUGACCCCGCCCACCCACCCCCCGUUUCCCCCCCCCCCGGGACUCUCUGUCCAGGCAGACCCGGGACUAUCCUGCCCUCCCCCCCGCCAAAGAGGGUCCCCAACACCCCCCGAGCCCCCUGAAAUCCCCCCCGGACCCUCGAGACCCCCCCGCCCUUCCUGCGCCCCCCCAAACCCCCGUCCCCCCACCCACCCUGGGACCCUCUGCCCAGAUCGACUGGGGGGGCUCCGUGUCCCCCCCUCGCAACCUGGAGGGUCCCCCCCAACCCCUGUUCCCCCCCCAUCCCCCAUAAACGACCCCCUGGGGUUCCCGGGGAGAUUGGGAUGACCCCCCCCCAAUAUCCAUUUGGGACCAAAACCCCUCCCCCAAAGGGGGUCCCAACGCCCCCCCGAGCCCCCCCGGACCUCCCC